CUGCCCUUCUCUGUAUUGCAGCUGGCGAAGGAAAAUGACACAAUCUGCCUUUGGUGCUCACCUUCAGCGGCAUCUCAACCUCACCUAAUAAUAGCAAUCAUCUCUUAAAGACCGCAAAGAAUGGAAGACUGCAGACCGUGUCAGCAGAAGACUGAUGGCCUUUGAAGAAAAAAACCCAACCAAACAAAAACCCAACAACCAAACAAACCAAAGAGAAAAUCUCAUGCCUCAUGGGAUACACUGCAUCAAUGAUGGGGGGUCAAGGGAUGACAAUAAAAUAAAGAAACAAGAUACCCCAGCACUUUGUGAUCUUCACUGUUGUAAAGAUGGGCUGAUGAGAAAUGGCCUCAUUGGGCAGAAGGAACCCUCUAUUAACCCUGAGAGACUGAAAGAUUUUGGUGAGGAGGAUUACCUGAAUGGGGAUGUGAAGACCUGGGAAAUGAAGAUAGUGAGCCGUAAUGAGGAGUUACUUAGGGAUGCCCUUUCCCGCAUCCCUCAGUCAAGCAGUAGGACCAGCCUGUCAAGCUGUAACAAGCUGAUUCGAUUUGAAGAUAUUAGUGCAGCAGCUUUCAAAAUCCAGUGUGGUGUUCAAAAAACCCCAUGCAUGUAUUCUAGGCUAUCCAAGCAGUAUGGAAUGGACAUCUACCUAAAGAAAGAGUUCCUCCAGUACACAGGAUCUGUGAAGGAACGAGGUGUGCUUUACCUUCUGACAUCAUUGCCACAGGAUCAGCAAAGAAAGGGAGUGAUCGUGGCUUCGGACAGUAACUUUUCCAUGGCCGUCGCUUACCAUGCCUCAGAGCUCCGUAUUCCAGUGUUUGUCAUCGUGUCAACCAGCACACCCCCUGCCAGAGUGAAAAUGUGCCGUGAGUAUGGUGCCAUGGUUAUAUCCUACGGCACUACAGCGAAGGAUUCCCAGACCCAUGCAAGACGGUUGGCACAGGAGAAUGGUUACCUCUACCUUGAAGAGGAGGACAGUGCUGUCUACCUGUCAGGCCUGGGGACCGUGGGGCUGGAGGUGUACGAACAGGUGCCAAAGCUGGAUGCAGUGAUUUUCCCUGCAGGAGGCCACUGUGGCUUGCUGGCAGGGUCGGCUGCUGCACUCAAACAUCUCAGUCCACAUAUUUCUGUAAUUGGAGUUGAAUCAGAAAGUUUCCCUGUAUUACAGCAGUCCUUAAAGGCUGGCCACCCCAUCGAAGAUCAGGCUUGCAGCAAUCACCAUUUUUAUGGAGAUGUGAGUGGGCUUUGCUUUGGCAGUAACUCUUUACAGCUGACUGGGAAACUUGUGGAUAAAGUUGUUGCUGUGAGGGAGGAGGACAUCCUGGUCUCAAUACUGAGACUGCUGGAGUAUGAGCGAGCCACAGUUGAUGCAGAAGGGGCCAUUGGGCUUGCAGCGGUGGUUGCAGGAAAGCUGCCCGAGUUGAAGGGUAAAAGAGUGGCAAUUGUUAUAUGCAGUGGAAACCUGGAGCUGCAUUUGCUGCGACAGUGCAUAGCUCGUGCCCUGACCCUUGAUAACAGAGUGUGCAGAUUUUCCCUCGUGCUUCCUGACUGCCCAGGAGACAUUUCAAAGCUACUGGAGAUUUUGGCUCGGGAAGAAACAAGAGUUUUGGAUAUCAAACAAGAACGCACAUUCGUGACAUCUGAGCUCUUCACUGUCGAGGUCACAUGCACCGUGGAGACCAGAGACAAGAUCCACACAGCCCAGCUGAGGAAUGCACUUCUGGAACGCUAUCCCACAGCUGCCUGGAUGGAGCGAUGAUGGGCAUAGCACAAGGGAAAGGGCCAAGGUCCUCUCACAGAUACUCCACAGAGCCCUAACCUUGAGGCAUUUGGAACCAACAUUAUCUUUCAAGGCUGAAGAGUUAGCGAAUAGUCUCAGGGUAUUUACCUCUUCCAACUGCAGUGAAUGUACUUGGGAAUGAAGUUAAACUCAAAACUUUAGCUUAGCUAAUGGGAACUUGUAGCCUCUGCUUCUGUUGGAGUUCAGUAACUCAUUAUCAGCUGGCUAACUGAAUUAUGGCUAGUAUGUAGGAUCCGAUGCUGUUCAGGGCAUAAACAGGGAGCAGGCAUUUUUCUUCACAACUGAAUAUAGACCUCUGAAAGGUAUUUUGAUUUUGAUGUCCCUAGUUAGAGUAAAGAAGCUCCUUCUGAUGGACUUGGUCAUGCUACUAAUAUAGUAAUUUUCCAUUUCCAAGACAGAAGCAGUUGUCCAUUUGCUGAAUUUGCUUCAGGAGAUCCAUACAUGCAUGUGAGUCUGAACACACUUCUGAUCUUUCUAUAUCAUGUGAGGGUAAAUCAUGCUGAUAAAAUGCAGUUAAUUAAACAAGCAAAAACUGCAAACGUGGAAGAUAAAAGCCAACAGUGGGGUGUUUUUUUCCAAGGUGAAAAGAUCCUGCUUCUAAAGUCAAGUUCCAAAUGGUACUGCAGCAAUUAAAAAGCACAACAGCAUAUUCUGAGUAUAAAUAGGCCUCAUAGGCAGAACACAAACAUAAUUCUUCUCUUCGCUUUUGAGGACGCAGUAUGAAAACCAACAUGUAAAUGGCUUCUGUUUCCUUGGUGAAAAGGGGUCUUAAUUUUGUAAGUAGCAUUUCACUGAUCAUCUUAGUUUCCUUAAAACAGACUCUAUCCAUCUCACCUGAUAGAUUAAGUAUACUGUUAAGAGUGAAAUACAUUUAAAGACCACAUGUUAAUAGCCAAAGGCAGUGCUGGGAAAAGUGUUAGCCUAAGUCUUAGGCACGUGGCUAAUGCAAUUAACAAAGAACACAUCGACCUAAAUACCUUUUUUCAUCACUACAGGCAGAGACUAACUAAUAAGGUAGUAAUAGAAUGGCAAGAAAUGGAAAAGAAAUUCAGGCCCACUUCUGAGCAUGCAUACAACAGCUGGCUUUCCACUUGGGCAAAAAUCAGUUUUAGGUUGGCUCCAACAGAGCCAGUACAGAUCAUUCCACUUGGUUAAAUUUAACCAUGAUUGACCCAAAUCUUGGGUGUAGGCAUUUUAAUGAGAGAUCUCCUCUAGCGUAUCAAGCUGAUAAAUGUAUGAAAUAAAUAUGAUGUAUUUAGCAGUGCCUUAGAUGAGCCCAGGUGGAAAUCCAGUAAGUUCAGAGUGAUCAUCUCCACGGGCUGUGCGGGAUCAAAUCAUCCCAGUUCGGAUGCACCGAGCUGAGUGAGCUGUUGCUAUCUGACCAUGAAAACCAACUUUUACUGGAGCUUUUGGGGGAGAAAUGUGCUGCAAGUCCAUAGUGAUGUUCCUUUGUUGUCAUGUCAUAAUUUGAGCUUCCAUCUUUUAGUCCACCUCUACAGUUAGGAACGGGCUUGGUGGUACAUUUCCUGUCCUGGUUCCACAGAAAACUUUUGUCUUUAAAGCACAACCAAGAAGUCACAUGGGGAAGAGGAGAUACUCUGGGUAGGUGAAAGCUUUCUCUGCCUUCUCUUUACUCUAGACUGCCCAUAGGCUAAGCAGGACAUCAUCCAGAGAGUUAGGGCAAUCUAAGCAGAGGGUCCCUAUGGACCAGCAUAUCCAAUCUUAGGCAAAUCCCCUUUGUGUUAUAUCUACUACUCAUGGGGUAGUUACAUCUUUAGCUUAACUUAUGCCUGUAAGGUGGGACAAAGAGAGCAGCAGUCUAGCUGUGUCUGCAGCACUUUUUCUUAAUGGGAAGCAGUCUGCCCAUCCCUUCUUACUGCAGCUCGUGAAGGAGCAGGAACAGAGAAGCAACCUUCACAAAUGGACAACUAUUGACAAUUCACUGAUUUGGAUUAUUUUUGGAAGAAUGUGUUGGUUUUAAAAUGGAAUAAACGAGUGGUGGUGCCCCA